GUUCCAACACGAGUAUUCAGGGAAGGUUGUGGGCCAAGAUAACGAACAACGAUCCCAGUUUUCUCAAGUCUGAUGUCAGUAAUCACAUGCAGAGAAUGAAGCAACAGAAGUAUGCCCUGGUGAUGUUCAAGUCGACCGUCGACCUCCACCUGGCCGAGGACUGCCAGUUUGAACCACUGGGUGCACAGGAAUUAUGGAUACACCUGGCUUUUGGGAUUCCAAAGAACUCACCCUUGAAAGAUGAUAUAGAAAGAAUAAUGUCCUAUCUGAGCCAGAGUGGUAUUCUGGAGAAGUUGUGGAGGAAGUGGCAUGUGACGAGGAGCGAGCAUCAGUGUGUCAGCAGGAGAAGUAUGGCGGGCAUGACGCUUGAACAGAUCAGUGGCGGCUUCAUCCUUGGUGGCGUGGGGCUGGUGAUCAGCAUCAUCUCUCUGUGUCUUGAGAACCUGGUGCAGUGAGAGUAUUCCACCGAGUUCUUUACUGUGUGGCUGUGUGUUGGGAGAUGCACCGCAAGAGACAUGUGAUGAGCGUUACAUCUAUAGUAUGAACAUUCGUGUGUGAAUCAGUUGUGGGCGAAUCCUGUCAUAGACAAGGUACGCAACUACACGAGGGCUUAUAUCAUGCCUCCAAAAAGGUUACAACAUUUAAUAGCCAACAGAAGCAAUGCAACAUAUAUAACAAAACAUUGAAC